AUGGCGGUAAGUAUUAAUUGUAGUAAUUUCACCGCUGACUUGAACAAACGCUUGGUGCUUUCGUCGUGAGCAGUUUGUCAUGAAUAUUCUUCAAAAUUUGUCAAAAUUUAGCGUUUUGAUAAAACUUGUAUUCGCGGUUUUGUAAUUUAAGUUUUUCUUAUGGGCUCAAGAGGGCAAUACAAACGAUAUGCAGUUGAUUCCACUGUUGAUCUUCCAAGAAGAACAAAAUAUAGACGACAAAAGCAGUUGCGUGCUACGAUGGAGAUAGAUCAAGCAACUUCAUCUGAUAUGAUUCAAUUUCAUCAACAUGAUCAAGAGACACAGGCACAGGCAUUUCAGGAGAAUGGAAAAAUUGAUGUUGAUUUCCAGCUUAAUAAUAAUGGCCUUGGACAUGAAGCACUGCAGGUUUUAAACAUCGAAAAUGGUGAUGAAGAAAUAUAUCCUGGUGCUCUUAUAACAAAGUCUCAAAGUGUUCUCCUGCUCGUCGCAUUUUUAUUAAAGAACAAUUUAACAGAUGCAGCUUUGACUGAUCUACUCGACAUUUUGAGUUUGAUUUUGCCGAGCACGUUUCCAUCCAGCAAGUAUAAGUUCUACAAAGCAAUUCAAGUGGAGGAAUCUCAGGCUCAUUUUUAUUGCGAGUCAUGUUUGUCGUACAUUGGAACAAGCGCAGAAAGCACAAAGUGUGAUGAAUGUGAUACACCUUUCAAUCGCGAAAACAGCAUGAAGAACGGCACCUUUUUCCUUCAUAUUCCACUAAAAGAACAACUUAAGCAACUCCUGUCUGAUCCCAUUCUUUAUGAAUAUUUAACCAACAGGAAUUUGGAAGUUUUGACUGAAUCAACUGUUAUAUCAGACGUAACUACAGGUAAACUAUAUAAGAGCCUGAUAAGGGAUAAAGCUAUGGCGAAAAAUGACAUUUCUUUAACUUGGAAUGCAGAUGGCAUGCCUGUUUUUAAGUCAUCACAAUACUCUAUUUGGCCUAUUCAGUGUAUGAUAAACGAGUUACCUCCUCACCUUCGUUCCAAGAAUAUUCUACUUACAGGUUUGUGGUUUGGUGCGACGAAACCACAGAUGAACACUUUUCUUGAAGCAUUUGUGAACGAAUGCCAUGAUUUGGAAAAAAAGGGAUUUCUUUUGCGUGAAGAAAUUAUACCUCGCAAAGUUUUCGCAUUAAUAUGCUCCAGCGACAGCCCAGCUCGUGCAAUGUUGAGAAACUGCAAGCAGUUUAAUGGUAAGUACGGGUGCGAUUGGUGUGAACAUGAAGUUGUGUCUGUUCUCCGUAAUAGAGGUCCCCCAACUCGAUACUAUCCACAGCGUGGUCAUCAAAGCUCAAGAACGUCACAGAAUCAAGCAGAAUAUGCUUUCGAAGCUGAAAUGAGAAAAGAAGCAGUUAAUGGAGUAAAAGGGCUUUUGCGUAUCGACAUUCUUCCCACAUUUGAUACAGUAAGAGGCUUUACACCGGAGUAUAUGCAUUCUGUGUGCCAAGGAGUAGUCCGUCAACUGUGCAAUCUUUGGCUUCAUUCGAGAAACCACGAAAAGAACUUUUAUUUGGGAAGAAACGUCGAGCUAUUAGAUGAAUGUUUGUCUGUAAUAUGCCCGCCUUCUGAAAUAACUAGAGCCCCUAGAUCAAUAAAAGAGCGAAAAUUUUGGAAAGCGUUGGAGUGGCGAGCAUUUCUUUUUUAUGGCCUUGUGGUUCUAAAUGCCUUGCUUCCUCGUGAAUAUUUAGAGCAUUUGUUUUUGCUAGUACAUGAUGUACAUACAUUACUUGGUAAUAGAAUUAGUGAUGAAAUGUUAUCACGAGCCAACGCAUGCCUUGUUAAAUUUGCAACUAAUAUGGAAAAGUUGUACGGUUUGACUAACUGUACAUUCAAUGUACACGUUAUGACGCAUUUAGCGGAAGGCGUAAGGAACUGCGGGCCACUUUGGGCUACUUCUGCCUUUGCAUUCGAAGCCAACAACCACUUUUUGCUGAAAAUGUUUAAUGGUACCCAAUAUGUUCCACAACAUGUUUGCGAUACUUUUAUACUGUCGCAGAAACUACCAGGUAUUGGGAAAGAGUGUAUUCGUGAAUGACGCAUGUCCAAGAGUAAGGCACUUGUUCAAUAAACUUUCCAAAGACAAAAUUCCUACAAAUAGUGAACGGGCUCUUACUAGAGCUGUUACUGGACUUGGAAAUGGACAAGCUGUUCGUCUCACACCAUCUGAGACCAUUUCCGU